UCCCGCUUCACCGUUUUUGUGUAUCAACUUCCCGGCACAAGAUCUCGGGUGGGCGAUUUUGUGUCAACGCUGACUUUGAUUGGCCGGAAAUCUUCGCCCUGCAGAUGUCGAUUUGUGUCUUGAAAAUAACUCGACUAUAGAAGCCUUAGGCUCAUACUUGAUGUGCGACAUAUCAACUCCUUGAAAAGCCGGCUUGAGAUCGUCCACAGCGACAGGUGGAAGAAUUUUCUCAUCACCCGCGAUAUCAUCCGUCAGAACCUUCAGGAUGCAAAUCGCAAGCCAGGAACCCGACUCGCUUGAACAGGCGCAGCCUGUGGAAACUCUGGACGUAGCCCAAGAGUCCCACAAGUACCCUGAGGGCGGCAAAGACGCAUGGCUUGUUGUAGCCGGUGCAUGGUGCGCCAUGAUACCCUCCAUGGGCCUGCUCAACACUCUUGCAGUUCUUCAGGCCUGGGUUUCACAAAACGAACUUCAUGGUCUUCCAGAAUCAACAAUUGGCUGGGUUUUCAGCACUUACGCCUUCUUCCUCUACUUUUGCGGUGCUCAAGUUGGUCCCAUAUUUGACGCUCAUGAUGUGAGGUUCCUGAUGGUACCUGGAUGCGUAGGGGUUGUGGCGUCUUUAAUGUUGAUGAGUCUCUGCAAAGAGUUCUACCAGUUCUUGCUCACCUUUGGUGUCCUCGGCGGUGUGUCAGCUUCGCUGCUUUUCAAUCCGAGCAUCGCUGCAAUCGGGCACUGGUUCUCGGAACGUCGCGCUCUUGCUACCGGGAUAGCCUGCACGGCUGGGGGUGUGGGCGGCGUUGUCUUCCCUCUCAUCAUUCUUUACAUGGCUCCCAAGGUGGGCUUCCCGUGGGCCAUCAGGACUGUUGGAUUUAUAUGUGCUGCCGCGUCUGUUUUGGCAUGCACGCUCUUGAAGAAGAGACUUCCACCAAGCAAGACAUCCAGUGGCGCAAUCGACCUCAAAGCGUUGAAAGAGACAAAAUUCGGUCUCGCCACGUUGGCCGUAUUCCUGAUUGAGUUUGCAGUCUUCAUCCCUUACACCUACAUUUGCUCGUACGCUAUCCACGAGGGUAUUGAUCUCCAGAAGUCUCUCCUCCUGAGUGCUCUACUCAACGCCGGGGCGAUCCCAGGACGUGCUCUACCGGGUUACGUCGCAGACCGAUUCGGUCCCUUUAACGUCACGUGCGUUACCGCCUUGGUAUGCUCGACAUUCAUCUUUGCACUCUGGAUGACAGCUGGUGGCGGCGAAGCUGCUACGACCGCCUUUGCGGUUAUGUUUGGCUUUUGGUCCGGAGCUGCCAUCAGCUUGACGCCCGUCUGCAUUGGACAGGUUUGCAGAAUAGAAGACUAUGGGAAAAGGAGCGGCACGGCGUUCUUUGUCUGCAGUUUUGGUGCCCUCGUCGGUGUGCCGUUUGCUGGAGCUAUCCUGCAAUGGUCAGGCGGCACUUACGAUGGCCUUAUACUUUUCGCGGGUGGCCUUUACAUCUUGUCGUUUUUCGCUUUUGCCGUUGCAAGAGGUGUAGCUGGUGGAUGGAAUCCAAGAAUUUUGUUCUAAACUCGAGUGGGAAUCAGUUCACUGUUCGAGGCCUUCGAGUAUCAGUCGAUCAGGAUAGGACACUUGGCGACCAACUAUGAAGCAUUGGUACACCAUGGAAAAUCGUCCAACUCCUGCGUAAGUUUACAACCGAGAUUUUUUCAAAUGAAAGAUUGUCCUGAUACCUGUUGAUGAUCUUUAUUAGAUGAUACCAGGCCUGUCAUCCCA